AUGUCGCCGCUUCGCUCAGGUCUUGCGGCCUUCCUGUGUCUGGCUGGUGGGGCUAGCGCGCUUUUCCCGGAUUGUGUCAAUGGGCCGUUGAAGGGGGAGCUGGUGUGCGAUACUAGUGCCUCGCCCCGCGACCGCGCCGCAUCACUCAUCUCGCUGUUCACGGUCCCCGAGAAGCUCAACAACACGGGCAACACGAGCCCCGGCGUGCCACGGCUGGGCGUGCCGCCCUACGAGUGGUGGAACGAAGCCCUCCACGGCGUGGCAGCCGGCCACGGCGUCAAUUUCUCGGACGCGGGCGACUUUUCCCACGCCACGUCGUUUCCGCAGCCGAUUCUCAUGGGCGCGGCGUUCGAUGACGAGCUCAUCCAUGCCGUCGCGACGGUCGUGAGCACCGAGGCGCGCGCGUUCAAUAAUGCCAAUCGCUCCGGGUUGGACUAUUGGACGCCGAACAUUAACCCGUAUAAAGACCCGAGGUGGGGGAGGGGGCAGGAGACGCCGGGCGAGGACCCGUACCACCUCUCGCAGUACGUGCGAGCUCUGAUCGCAGGCCUGCAGGGCGACAAGGACGACAAGUACAAGCGCGUCGUAGCGACGUGCAAGCACUUUGUGGGCUACGACCUCGAGACGUGGAACGGGAACUACAGGUACCAGUUCGACGCGCAGAUCUCGCCGCAGGACCUGGCCGAGUACUACAUGCCGCCGUUCCAGAGCUGCGCGCGCGACUCCAACGUCGGCGCCUUCAUGUGCUCCUACAACGCCGUCAACGGCGUCCCCACUUGCGCUGACCCCUACCUGCUGCAGACGAUUCUGCGCGAGCAUUGGGGUUGGACCGACGAGGAGCAGUGGGUCACGAGCGACUGCGACUCUAUCCAGAAUAUCUACCUGCCGCACGAGUGGUCGCCCACGAGAGAACAGGCAGUGGCCGACGCCCUCAACGCCGGCACAGACCUCAACUGCGGCACCUACUACCCGAAAUACCUGCCGGGGGCCUACGCCCAAGGCCUCAUCAACGACACGACGCUGGACCGGGCCCUAAUCCGGCAAUACUCGUCACUGAUCCGGCUCGGGUACUUCGACCCCCCCGAAGCGCAGCCCUACCGGCAACUCAACUUCAACAACGUCAGCACGCCCGAAGCGGAAGCCCUCGCCUACCGCGCCGCAGCCGAAGGCAUCGUGCUGCUAAAGAACGACGGCGCCCUCCCGCUCGCCCUAAACGCCAGCACGUCGCUCGCCCUCAUCGGCGACUGGGCCAACGCCACCACCCAGCUGCAGGGCAACUACGCCGGCCAAGCCCCCUACCUGCACUCGCCGCUGCACGCAGCCCAAGCACGCAACCUCACCGUGCACUACGCCGCCGGCCCGGGCGGGCAGGGCGACCCGACGACCAACUCGUGGGACGCCGCGUGGGCCGCCGCCGACGCCGCCGACGUUAUCGUCUAUGUCGGCGGGCUGGACAUCUCGGUCGAGGCAGAGGGCCUGGACCGCAACAGCAUCGCCUGGUCCCCGCCGCAGCUGGACAUGAUCUCCGCGCUGGCGGCGCAGGGGAAACCCACGGUCGUGCUGGCCAUGGGCGCAGGGCAGCUGGACAGCGCGCCCCUGGUUGCGAACCCAAACGUCUCCGCUAUACUGUGGGGAGGCGUGCCGGGGCAGGCGGGCGGCGACGCCCUGAUCGAUGUGCUGCUGGGUGACAAGGCGCCGGCCGGCAGACUGCCCGUCACGCAGUACCCGGCCAGCUAUAUCGCCGAGAUAGCGAUGACGGAGAUGGCGCUGCGGCCUGCCAACGGCAGCGGCGAGGAUGGCGCCAGUGCCAGCCCCGGCCGCACGUACAUGUGGUACACGGGGCGCCCGACCUUCCCCUUCGGCGCAGGGCUGCACUACACGACCUUCAACGCCUCUUUCCCCUCCAACUCCACCACCACUACCACCACCAGCACCCUCUCCAUCUCCGCCCUCCUCGCCGCCUGCCCCCCCUCAACCCCCCACAAAGACCUCUGCCCCCUCCCCGCCUCCCUGCUGCCCACAAACGCACUCAUAACCAACACCGGUAAAACCCACGCCUCCGACUACGUCGCGCUGUUAUUCGUCUCCGGGACGCACGGCCCCGCCCCCCGCCCCCAGCGCCGCCUGGUCGCGUAUACGCGGCUGCGCGACAUUGCGGCGGGGGAGACGAGGACGGCGGCGCUGGAGGUCAGCUUGGGGAGUUUGGCGCGCGUCGAUGAGCGGGGGCGACGGGUGCUGUUUCCGGGCGCGUACCGGCUGGGGUUGGAUGUUGAUGGGCCCCCGGCUAUUGAGUUUGCGCUCGAGGGCGAGGCGGCCGUGCUCGACGAGUGGCCGGAGCCGGACGAGAGCGUGAGGGUGGGGAAGGGCGUUGUGGGCGUGGGGGAGGGCUAUUUCGUCGGUGGGUACGGUAGUGGCGGAGGGGAGGGGCAGGAGGUGCUGUAGGCUGUCUGCUUGUCUUCACUCCACCACCAGCCAGCAGCGCACAUAGCAGCAGCACGCAGACCCGCACACCCCUCUAAUCCCCAAACAAACAAACAAACAAACAACAGUCAAUCAAUCAAUCAAUCAAUCAAUCAAUCGCUCAACCCAGCCUCGCUCCGCCAGGCCCUCAUGUCCUUGUACCGCCUCGCCUGUCUUGGCUCGAACCGCGUGUGUUAUAUCCGUGAAAAGACGAGUCGUUGGACGCGCGCAUAUACAUACCCCGCUGAAAUAACCCUACUUGCCUUAUACACACAUACACAUGCCGCUCCCCUCGCCAGUUUUAUUUCAUCACAUUCCAUUCCCUUCUAUUCCGUUCCGUUCCGUUCCGUUCCGUUCCGUUCGCUGCGCC